GCUUAAAAGGCAGGGAAUCGCUGUCCGCAAUAUUUUUCCUCGACAGAUCCUGCCGCAGUCUGCUCCCUCCCGCACCACCCUCCUCCGCCCUCCCGGCAGUAGUCGCCGCCGCCGCCGCCGCCGCCGCGUCUCCUGUGUCCUCUGCCUGUGUUUCCUGGUCCUGCACCGCCGCUCCCGCUUGUUCUCUUCGACCCCGGCCUUGAGGUAACGCGUCCAGGGCCAAGCCGCCGGGCCCUCCGCCCCGAGCGCCUGCCCUCAGUGCUCGCCGCGGUGGGUGUGGCUCGGCCUGCCCUGUGCCCUACUACCGCACUUCGGUUUCCUCUUGCUCGCCGCCGCUACAUUUCGGCCUCCUCCCCGGGCCCCUAGCUCCCCGCCCCCACUGCCGGAGACCGAGCCCCUGAGCUAGUCAAGAUGUCCGAGGCGGCAGGAAAUCUCAAUAGCCUCCGCAUGGCGAAUGUGGCCCUGCGAGAAGAAUUAAAUGCCCUUCGCGGGGAGAAUGCCAAUUUGGGCCUUCAGCUGGGAAGAGCCCUGGCCGAGGUUAAUUCCUUGCGGGGCAAUGUCUCCAGCUACGUCCGCUGGCCAGUGCCCAUAGUACCCCUUAUUGCCGAGGAGAACUUUGAGUUCCCGCUCAAUGAGAUCGACGCCAUUCCCGAGGGAGAGGGGCCCUUCUUGUGGCCUCCCCAACGCACAGAUCCCGAGUUUGUCUCGGAUGAUCUUUUGAUUAACGUGAUCCAGGACUACAGCAACCCCCACGGGGUCAGUGAUCCUCCUCUGCCGCCUAGCCCACCCCCGCCGGAGCAGCCCUCACCCCCAGCGUCAAAGGAGCCACCCCCGCAGCAGCAGCAGCAGCAGCAGCAGCAGCCGCCGCCGCAGCCCCAGCCCCCGCCGCAGCCCCAGCCCCAGCCCCUUCUGCCACCAUUGGAGAGACCUAACAUACGGCUCUUUUCUGGCGAUCCAGUCUACCUGGCUGAAUUCCUGAUGCAGCUAGAGACCUUCAUAGCUGACCAUGAGGAUCAUUUCCCUGGGGGUGCUGAGCGGGUGGCCUUUCUGAUCUCCUUUUUCACUGGUGAAGCGAGGGACUGGGCCAUCUCUGUCACCCAGGAAGGAAGCUCCCUGCAUGCCAACUUCCCGCGCUUCCUGGAUGAAAUCCGUAAGGAAUUCCGUGGCCCCAUACCCCCACGAGUGGCUAAAAAGGCCAUCCGAAAGCUCAAGCAGGGAAACUGUACCCUGGGCAGCUAUGCAGAUGCUUUUCAGUUCCUGGCCCAAUUCUUGUCUUGGGAUGACUGCCGCCUCCAAAAUCAGUUCCUCAAAGGCCUGUCGGAAUAUUUCCGAAAGGAGCUCUUAUGGUCAACUGAAAUGGCCGACCUGGAUGAGCUGAUUCUUGAGUGUGUGGAGAUAGAAAGAAAAGUGCGCAUCCCCAAGCCAAUCAAGCUCCCUGGGGUGCGCAAUGUCGUCCCUCCUUUUGCUCCCACCCCUGAUGAGGAAGAUAUUAUUGAUGAACAGCGCUACCAUGAGGAUGAUGAAGAUGGGAUAUGCAGACACAGCUCUUCCCUGAAGGACCAAGACAUAAGGGCUUUUGGGCAAGAGAUGAGGAAGGAAGAGGAAGAAAUGAAAAAGGAGAAAGAGAAUGAGGAAGAGGACGAGGACAAUGACGACGACGAUGAUGAUGAUGAUGAAGAUGAUGAUGAUGAGGAGGAGGAUGAGGAUGAAAAUGAGGAGGGUGAGGAAGAUGAGGAGGAGAAGGAAGAGGAGGAGGAAGAGGAGAUGAAACAGAAAGAGGAGGAGGAGAUGAAGAAGAAUGAGGAUGACGAUGAGAAUAAGGAUGAGGAAGAAGAUGAAAUUGAGGUGGGGAGCCAGGAACCAGAGCAGGAGCCAGAACAGGAGCAAGAGAGGGUGCCAUUGUUUGAGGAGAUGUUUGGUGAGAUGGGCCAUGAGCACCACCAUCACCACCACAUCCACCACCACCACAAUGGGAUCCAUGUGAUAGAAGAACUGAUGGAGAUGGAGGAGCCUGUUCUUGUUGACACUUCAACCCAGACGAUUAGCACAACCAUUGGCUACCAUGCUGAGAAUUUCCUGGGUGCAUCACCUCCCAUAAUACAGCCCAGCAGACGGAGGAACCAGAAUCGAGUCCCACUUCUGGAGGGCCUUCCAGGUACCAAUUCACCAUUCUACAGCUCCCCACCACUGAUUCGCCGUGCCGGUCGCUUGGGGCAACGCCAAAUUCGAAGACGUCCCCCGGUGCUAUUCCGCCUUACUCCGAGACAGGGGGGCCACCGAGCUGCUCGUGGCCGAAUUCGCGUGUGAGUGAUGGGGCAAACUGGCCACCUGGAACACACCCUUCUACUGCGUCCCCUGCCCCUGCUAUUGCUGCCACACUUGCCCCAUGUACUGACCAGUCCUUAAGGGAGUUCCAGACCUGCCCAACCUGAAGAAGACCUGCAGAGUUCUAGACUAUCUCGCAACCAUGAUCAGAGAGAGUGACAUGUGCUCAGCCAAGGCCACCUGGGAAAGGAUAGGAUAGCAAAAGCUGUCCUCUUGGCAUAUACUCUGCUCAGUCCUGCCACAAGCUAGAGAGCAGGUUUCUGGGCCUGUUCUCGUGAAUGAACUGGUCACCCUUUUGUAUUCCCCUCUAGUUGUGCCCAGCCUCUCCUGCGUUUAUUCACCCUGUGUUCUACAGUUUUAUCCUCCAACUGGCUCACCAGAACUUCACCCAAUGCCUCAUUGAUCUGCCCCAAUGAUUGAAAGGACAAGCUACAUUGAACUCCUAAAGCCACUGAGGCCACUUACUAAAUAUAAUGGACAGCGAGCAGAAUGACACCGGGAAAUGUGCCUAGAAGGCUAUGCUUGUUUUGUGCUACACCUCCAGCAGAAGGGCCUGGAAGAGGACCCUACAUGUAGCCCAGUGAGAGUGUGCAAAGCCACAUGUAAAAUUGACAAUUUGAGAUUUGUUUGUCCUUAACUGACUGUGGCAAGCUGCCUCCACUUCCAGCACUUGAGUUCAUCUUUCUUCAGACUCCUAUAUUAGAGCCCUUGGAACGGCUUGGCCAAAUCUGGGGCCUUCUCCUCUUACUACACUGUCCUCCUGGACAUCCCCAGAAUACAGCUCGACAUGGCAGGCCCCACCCCUUUCCUUGAUGGUGCCUAAAGGGGCAUUUGGGGUGGUAGAAUAGGAGGAGGAAGAGGGAGAAACCCCAUGACUGCUUCAAAUCCUACAGAGUAAAUUUCCUUAGGGAAGAGGGUCUUCUUUCCCAGCCAAGCUUUGGACUCCAGCCCCCAGCCAAAGGUCUCUGCCAGCGACUUUCUGUCCUAGAGGCGCCCUCACUAACCUUCCCUUCCAAGAUAACCAGAGAGAGAGUGAGCAAGCGCCCACGGCCUGCUCCUUAACUCCCUCCAACUCUUAAGGAGGAGAGUCGGAAGGUUGCCUCUACAGAGAUUGUACCCACUGCAGCCUUGCAUCUUGGACACCUGCUUGGCUCUCACAUGGGGGUCAGUCUCUGGGCUGUUGCUGUACUUUGAUUGGACAGUAAGGCUGAUGGGGGUGAUGCCUCUUAGGCACUCCUGGGACUCCUCAGUACAAACCCAGACAGGUGCCCUUAUAGAGAGACCUGCUGUUUGCCUUGAGUCCAGAAAACACUGCUUCUUCAGUGAAAAAUACACAUUUACUAUGUCAGCUCUGGCCAUGAAAUGCCAGCCAAAUCCACUCCUUGCCUGAACUGCCCCUGGACACUGAACUCUCUGCACAGUGCCUGGCAGCUGGGCAAGUGCAGCCAAAGUGUCUGUGGCCAGAGGGAAGAAAACAGUGAAUGAAGUCUCUGUUCCUCACCGGAGUCUGACAGAUAACCUCAGCCCAGCCUUGGGAUUUGGGGCCUAGAGGCCAGAGGAAGGAGCUGGAGGAAGAGGAGUCACAGAGAUCCAGUCCUCAGACUGGUUUCGGCUUAUUUCCUUGGGAGAGAGUUCCAGAAGGGGAACAGCUAUUCAUCGAGGCUGUGGAUCCUGUUUGCUGAUGUCAACACGCUGGCCCUGCUGCCUGUGAACUUGUGGAGAAGUGCAAAGGACAGGUGCCUUGCACCCCCACUUCCAGGGAUCCCUCAGCACAGGCCCUGCCUGUUCCCAUGGUGCUCACCCUGAACCCUUGUAGCCUCAGCCAGGGAGAGAGUGGAUGAGCAGUGAGCUGGUUUCCGGGCCUCUAGGGGCAGAGGGGGCUUGGGCUUCCCUUUGACCCUCUCCCCGCUUUCCCAGAUCUUCAAUAUUUGUUGUGAUGUGACAGCCACAAGAGCUGUAAGAGGAACUAUGAGCUUUGGGUGUUUCCUUGGGUUGAAAGAGGGGUGGGGGGUGGGUGGGAAAUGCAUGCAGGGGUAUGAAGGCAGCCCAAGAAUUCCCAGAGGCUCGGGAGGAAACCCCCUUGAAAUAAAUGUGUUAUUGUUGUGUUAUUGUUGCACUAUUGUGUUGUGAAGAUAAGAAAUUGCUCUGUACGCUAAAGCUUCUCUCCUCAAUAAAAAUAUAAAGGGUGUGUAAA